GCUUAGACCAUGUCUGUGGGAAGGGGGUCUUCUGAACUCGAGGGUACUAAUAAGCCACGGGCGGCUGGAAUGCUUUACGUUGCUCUGAGCUUACCAGCAUCCACUCUUCGGCUUACAGCUUCGAGCUCGCCAUGUCUCAAGAGUCCCAGCCCGCUGCGUUCAGUCCUGAGAACGAGAAGAACGAUGCUAUCGACCAGGUCGACCGGGGGUCGUCUGCAGGCUCUGGCUCUGAGAUAGACCUCUUGUCGUAUCAUGAGCUGAAUGCUGGGCGUCUCAUCGUCGAUCCAGAAGAAGCAAGGAUAGAACUCGGCGAAAAGGUCGCGUCGCAGUUGAAGCUCACGAAGGAUGGAUCCAAGGUGCUUUGGCCUCAGCCCACAGAUUCUGACGAAGACCCACAAAACUGGAGUAGUCGUAGGAAAACAGUACAACUCGUUAUCAUGACUUUGGCGGCUAUAGUCCCAGAUUUCGACUCCGGCAUAGGUAUCGCGGACAUCUUCGCGCUCGCCGCACAGUUCGACACGACCACAGGAGUCAUCAACAACCUCACAUCCAACUGGAGUAUCUUCCUCUUGGGCUGGGGAGGUAUAUUUGCUGUGAUGCUCAUGCGACGCUUUGGGCGGCUCCCCGUGCUGUUCUGGACACAAGUGCUGUCUCUAGGUUUCUUGGUUGGGUGCACAUUUGCACCAAACCUUAAAACGUUCACGGCCAUGCGUUGUCUGACUGCAUUCUUCGGGACAUGCCCGCAAGUGACAGGUCUCUAUGUGAUCACCGACAUGUACCCCUUCCACCUCCAAGCACGAAAGCUCAACUUCUGGACAAUGGGUUUCGUCAUAUCGCCUUUCCUGUCCCCCUUCGCCUUUGGAUUCUUAGUCGCUCGCGCAAACUGGCGAUGGACCUAUGGAACUGGGUGUAUCUACGGAGCUAUCGUUCUUGCUUUGAUCGUGUUCUUCAGCGAAGAGACUAUGUACGACCGCACCCUCAAGCCAAUACCUCCACGCCUCUCCACUGGCUUCCGCUAUCGUUUCGAGACGCUCAUCGGAACUACGGGCGCGAGAAUGGCAAAGUACCGCUCAUCAUGGUCUACUAUCAUUUUUGCUACUGUUGGCAUUGUGUGGCGCCCUCAUCUCCUCGCUAUCCUGAUCUUCGAGGGUGCACUUUUCGGGUUUUCCAUUGGGAUUAAUGUGACGAAUGCAGUAUUUUUGGGGGAGCCUGCUCCUGUCGGCUUUGGAUGGAGCCAGUUUGCUAUCGCAGGCGGCUACGGGACACCCAUCGUUGCAGUACUCAUUGGAGAAAUCAUUGGCCGAUACUUGAACGACUGGAUCAUGAACAUCAGCAUCAGACGUAACCAUGGUGUGUUCUACGCUGAAAGUCGUCUUUGGGCAUGCUACUUGGCCGUCAUCUUGUACAUCUGUGGUUACGUCGUCCUCGGCGCCUCCCUCCAAAAACACCUCUCAGCCGGCGCCCUCAUCAUGGGCUGGGGUAUCUCAGAAGUCGCUACGAUGAUCAAUACGGUUGCCGUUUAUGCCUACUGCAAUGAUUGUUUCCCGAAGCAUCAUGGAGAGAUUAGUGCCUUGAUCAACCUAUCCCGCACGCUCGGUGGAUUUGCUGUGGCGUAUUUCCAGGUUCCUUGGGCUAGCAAGAAUGGAGCCCUGCAGACCUUUGGUUGCGAGGCUGCAAUUGUCACGGGCUUGUUCUUCUUGAUUGUCCCAUAUGUCCAGUGGAAAGGGGAAUACCUGCGUGGGAGGUUUUCUGCUCACUGAGAUUUGCUUUCAUGUCAGUUUAUGAGGUUGCUAGUGGCCACACGUCUGGAAAUUGUACGAUACGACGAAGAGACGACCUUAAGCACGGAGCCACGAAAUGGAUCAAUCUGAGCCUAAUUUCCCAGUUUAACGAUUGGAAUGCUAUCUUCUUGUGACGCUAAUUUAAUUGCGUGCCGUCCUCUGUAUUCCGCUGCGUUCCACAGCUUAACGUGUGGCACUCGCGAGGCCAUGUAUAGU